UUGAAAAUAUAUCAAAGUCCAUACUCUUCAUUAACAACAUGAACAACGUCAUUAUUUUAUUGUAAAUUUUUAAAUAAAUAUUGUAAAUAGAAAAAAAAUAUUUCUAAAUGCAAUGCGACAACGAAAAAAUGCUGAAAAAAUUCAAAAACAAAUCGAAAUAAUAAUAAAAAUAAAACGCUAAAAAUUGCUAGUAUUUGUAUGUUGUAGUUGUUGUAGUGUCAAUAAUAUUUGUUUAAUUCAUUUUUACAUGAGAAAUGGCGAACUUGACAGACCUUGACCCUCAAACGGUUCAAGGGAUGUCGGGGUGUGAUCAAAGCACUGUCGAAUCAUUGGCUGAAGAUCCAACAGGUUCACCAUUUGAGGUCGAUGAUUGUCUUAAGGUUCGAAAAUAUUAUUGCUUUCUGCUCUCCAGCAUUUUCACAUUUCUCACUGGAUUAUUCAUCGUUAUAUGUUGGAGGGCAUUCACAUUUAUAUGCUGUCGCAAAGAUCCCGAUUUGGGACCAAACGAUCCCAAACAAAAAGAGCAGAAAGCAUCACGAAACAAACAAGAGUUCGAAGGAACUUUUAUGACAGAAGCAAAAGAUUGGGCUGGUGAGCUUAUAUCAGGACAAACCACAACUGGUCGUAUAUUGGUAAGUGUUAAGGAAAUUAACAAUUCAAAUUUUGAACAAAUAUUUCACAGAGCGAUAAUAAUAUAA